CCCCUGACAGUUGGGGCUGGUCUCAUCACAACAUCAUCAGGGCGUUUCAGGCAACGCUCAGACGCACACAGUAGCAGCCCCCCUCGUCUUGGAACUGGGCCAUCCUGAAUGGGACAGCACUUUCUUUCCACCCAGAUGACAUGAAAUACUGAUUUUGAAAAAAUGAACAAACCUAAAAUGGCCACAGAGAAAGGUGUUCCCAGUAACUCUAGGGUCCUAAUGCUCCUGGCCCAACUGGAGAGGAUGAACGGAGAGAUGGUGAGGGAUGCAGAAACUGCACGGCAGGUCACUGCAAAGAUACUUCAUCUCAUUCAGACACAAGAGAAGAGUGGAAAAGAGGUGAUGUCCAAAGGCUCUAGUGGCAUGGAGGUCAUCUUGGCUUCGCUGGAGAACUUCCGGGAUAUUCAGACAACCCUAAACAUUUUGUACAUUCUCAGUGAGCUGCUGACUGUGGGCAGAGGUCGCAGGGUGGGAGUAUUUGUGUCUAAAGGAGGAACAGGAAUAUUAUUCCAGCUCCUAAACACUGCCAGUAAGGAGAUGCCUCCCAGUGAAGAACUCAUGCUGCAGCUUCACUCCCUUCUGGCCAAGGUUGGCCCAAAAGACAGAAAAUUUGGAGUGAAGUCUCGUUUGAGUGGCUCUUUAAGUGUCACAGUGAAUUUAAUCAAACAGAACCUACAGAACACCAAACUGCUUCUGCCCUGCCUGCAGGUUCUCAGGGUUUACUCCACUAAUUCGGUGAAUGCCAUUUCAUUGGGGAAGAAUGGCGUGGUCGAGCUCAUGUUCAAGAUCAUUGCACCGUACAGCAAGAAAAACACCAGCCUGCACAAGGUAGCUCUGGACGCACUGGGAGCUCUGCUUAAAUCGAAAACGAACGCUCGCCGGGCUGUGGAUGGUAGACAUGUGCCCGUCUUGCUUGCUCUCUACCUGGAUUGGCAUCGCAACGAUACGCGGCAUCGGCACAUGCUGAUUCGCAAAGGACUUCUGAUCUGCCUCAGAAACAUCACCAACAUCAAACUUGGCAGAAAAGCCUUCGUAGAGGCAGAUGGCAUGAGGAUCCUCUACAACACAUCAACUGAGUGUCUUCCAGUGCGAACCCUGGACCCUCUGAUUAACACUUCAAGUCUCAUCAUGAGGAAGUGUUUUCCUAAGAAUCGUCUCCCUCUGCCGACCAUCAAGUCAGCUUUCCAGUACCAGCUGCCACACGUCCCUGCUUCAGGGCCUGUGGCACAGCUGUACAGCCAGCCUCCAGGGGGAAACACAAGUCAUCAGCUCAGCAGCAAUCCCUUAAAGAUGGUGGAUGAUGUGGUGGAUGAAAGUGAUGAUAACGACGAGACCGAGGCAGAUACAGAGAACGAUACUGAGAAUGAGGAAGAUGAGAAGUAUCGAUCUCUGAAUGAUGACAUAGAGACAGACCUAAACAAGCUCCAUCCCAGGAAAAGCCCUGGUCGUCCAUUUGAAGAGCUGAAGGUCUAUGAGAGGUUCUUUGUGGAGCUAUCUGAAGACUUUCAGGGGUUUAACUUUGAAUGCUCAAAGAGUGCCUCGACAGCAUCUUCGCUAUCUUUCUCCUCAUCAUUUUCGUCAACCCGACCCUCUCGGCCAGUCAUAGUACCCACAGCUCAAGCCCUGUCACCAAGGCACACCCCUAUAGGUCUUCAGGGAGACUGCAAGCUCACCAAAGGACAGCAUGCUCGGCUGUCUCCAGCAUGUCCUGAUUCUACUCCUGCCCCUCAAACACCUCUUGAACUGGACGCAAUCUGUCUUACUAAGAACCAAGGUAAAAAUCAAGGAGACGUCUCUUCUGUGGAUGGACAUAGGACCUCGUCCUUCCUCAACCGGCCUCCGUCUCAAGGGCAAAGGCUAGAACAGGAACUGGCACACGUGUUGGAGUGUAUUGCUCUAGAGGAUGACGGGGCUCUGCAUUCAGAAGGGGGAGUUAAACAAGAAGAAUCUUCCGUUCAGGCACCAAGACACAUACAGUCACCUUUGCUCUUGGGAGAAAUUGCGGCACGUCGUGUGGGCGGAGGAGGCAGUAAUUGGGGUUCGGACUGUGGCUCAGAGGGUGCUGAGGACGACGUGGGGGAGGGAGGCAUUUUGGAGGUACCAGACACAGCCCGCUUACUCCCACUGCAUGAUCCUGACCUUUACGUGGAGAUGGUGAAGGGAACACACUCUGUACCACAGUAUGCUGAAGUAGCCUACCCAGAUUACUUUGGCCAUGUAGCCCCAACAUUAAAAGAACCCCUUCUGGAGAGAGUUUAUGGUGUACAAAGAUCUAAGAUAUUCCAGGACAUUGAGAGGUUGAUUCAUCCUAAUGAUAUCUUGGAUAAAGUAGUGUAUGACCUGGACCUUCCUAGUUGUCCUGUGAUUGAGGAUGAUGGUGAAUCAUUGAAGUUCAACUCUCAGUUUGAGUCUGGGAAUGUCAGAAAAGCAGUUCAAAUUAGGAAAUAUGAGUAUGACCUUGUGCUGAACUCAGACAUCAACAGUAAUCAUUACCACCAGUGGUUCUACUUCGAGGUGAGCGGCAUGCGUGUUGGAACCAGCUACCGAUUCAACAUCAUCAACUGUGAGAAAUCAAACAGCCAGUUCAACUAUGGCAUGCAGGUGCUCAUGUACUCGGUGCAGGAGGCAAUCAGUGGAAGGCCCUGCUGGCUUCGCACAGGAACAGACAUCUGUUACUACAAGAAUCACUUUGCCAGGAGUUCCAUUGCAGCUGGUGGUCAGAAGGGGAAGUCGUAUUACACACUGACCUUCAGCACCAGUUUCACUCAUAAGGAUGAUGUGUGCUACUUUGCCUAUCACUACCCUUAUACUUACUCCACUCUUAAGAUGCACCUGUCCAAGCUGGAGGCUUUGAGGACCCCUCAGAUCUACCUGAGACAGGACGUCCUGUGUGAAACCCUGGGGGGAAACACCUGCCCUCUUCUCACUAUCACUGCCAUGCCAGAGUCCAAUUCCAAUGAUCACAUCUGUCAGUUUAGAAAUCGUCCACUGGUCUUCCUGUCGGCCAGAGUGCACCCUGGAGAGACCAAUGCCAGCUGGGUAAUGAAGGGCACAUUAGAGUUCCUGAUGGGCACGAGCUCACUGGCAGCCAGCCUAAGAGAGGCCUACAUCUUUAAGAUUGUUCCUAUGCUCAACCCUGAUGGCGUUGUAAAUGGAAAUCAUCGUUGCUCUCUAAGUGGAGAGGAUUUGAAUCGCCAGUGGCAGAACCCCAAUCCUGAGCUCCAUCCCACCAUCUACCACACUAAGGGCCUGCUGCAGUACCUUGCACAAAGUCAAAGAGCACCACUGGUAUUCUGCGACUACCAUGGACAUUCCAGAAAGAAAAAUGUGUUCAUGUACGGCUGCAGCAUGAAGGAGACAGUCUGGCAGUCUAAUAUAAGUGCUACUUCCAGCGAUCUACAGGAGGACCUCGGAUACAGGGCUCUCCCUAAGAUCCUUUCUCAGAUCGCCCCAGCCUUCAGCAUGGCGAGCUGCAGUUUUGUGGUGGAGCGUUCCAAAGAGUCAACGGCCCGCGUUGUUGUGUGGAGAGAGAUAGGGGUGCAACGCAGCUACACCAUGGAGAGCACCCUCUGUGGGUGUGACCAGGGAAAAUAUAAGGGACUUCAGAUUGGCACUAGAGAGCUGGAGGAGAUGGGAGCUCAGUUCUGUGUGGCCAUGCUGAGGCUGAAGAGGUUGACUGGGCUCCGCAACCACCAACACCUUCUGGAUUUGGAGAGCGAUCUUAUUGGGACACAGUCUAAAGUGGUCAGCAGCUGCACCACCACCUAUGUGAUGGAGGAGGACGAGCCGUCCUUUCUGGAGGCGAUAGACUACAGUGCAGAGAGCAACGACGAUGACGCAGAGCCUGAAAACGAGCACAGCAGUGAAGUCCACGAGCAUCUCGAUCAGCUGUCCGACUCGGAGACAAAUCACAGGCUCUGACUCUAAGGAGUUCACUUCCUCUUUGAGACAGUGUGUGACUUGGAUUCUUAGCUGAUCUCCAAUUAUGUAAGGAUAAACACUUUGGCUGGUGAAUAGCUUAGUUUUACACCUGAGCCCGUUAUAUCGAGCGUUCCUGAUGUUUUCCCAGAUGUGUCGGCCCACUGGAGGCCACUGUGUUGCUUCUGAAGGUGCAUACUCCACCUGCCUUUCACUUUAGUCAGUAAGGAGCAGACUGAACGUCAAUGAAUGUUUGCACUUUUCACUAUCACUCUAACCACUCUGUAACCCCUGACCUCAGACACCAUAUAGCCUCUGAGAUUCACACUUAACUAACCAGAGCAGCAACGGAAGACACAGCUGAUCCUUUACUUGAACCCAAGUUCACUUGCUUGCUUCACGGCGCAUCCUACAGUGAGGCCAUGGUGUUGUAAGGAAGCCAGUGAUGGUUCCUCAUGGUGAUUUAGGGAAACUGGAUCUGCCACACAGACCAGCUUAGACAUCCAACCUGCCUUCUUAUUUCCUGUCCUUCUUUUCUUCAGUUUCACCCUGUACGUCACCUUUUUACUGCUUGUCUUGGAUUUUCCUUUUUCUUCUGACAGGGCAGGUUAUUGCUGUUUAACUGUGGCGUGAGGAUAACCAAACAGCUCUGUGUCUUGCUUCAGCCGCCGGUGGCUGUUCCACCCCACGUGUUUCAUGUAGACAAGCUUUCUCAAACUAGACUCAACUAGACCUUCAUCAUGUACCCGUCUCCGUUUAGUCACACUGCACAAGGGCCAGUCACCAGUGCUGUUUGCCUUGUUAUAUCCAAAUGUGAAAUUAUUUAUAUAGUAUCAGUCAGUGUAGAAUGUUCACGUCCUCAAGACAAACCUUGUGUAAUACAAGAACUACAGUGUAAACACGCAUCGCAGUCUGACAGGGCGGGUUUAAGUCUCAAGGUGACUCAAAGCAGUGAUGGAUUGUUUGUGUUUUUAACAACAGACAGUAUUCGUAAUAUUAGGCAAAGCUGUAAAGAACAGACAUUUGAGCUGCAGACAGCAGCUUCUUUGCACUUUGUGUGAACACUAGACACACGCACAAGUGAAUGCGAGUGAAAUAUCACCUUACAACAUUUCAAUUUGCAAACCUCAGCUUGAGUCACCUCAUUAGAUUUUAGGCUCUCGGAGCCCAGCCCUAAGCUGUGAUGUUUUAAACAUCACAGCGUCCGGGAGGUUUGUGCUCUUUGUAUCCCGUUCUCCAGUCUGUGUGCAUUUUGUGGAUUUGCUUGGGAGAGACUCAUGCAUAAAACAGAUGGUGCUUCAAAUCAAGCAGUUUUUGUCUUAUUCUGUUAGAGAUGACGUAUGUUUGUGUUGUAUUUAUACAGCUCGGUCGUGGCUAUUUUCUGUUGUUUUUAUGACAUAAUUUAUUAAUAAUUCUGGGAUGUAACCUGUAUGUAUAUGAGGCAGUGUGUGUGAAUGUGUGUCUGUGUGUGUCCCUUUGCGCACACAGAAGUUUAAGUUAUUCCAUUAUUCAGCUCGGCUAAUGCUCUUAUAGUGUUUCUCCUUUCAAUUUGAUUAUCCCCUCUUACUGUCCCCAUCGUUUUCUCUCUCUUCUUCCCUCUUAACUCUCUUCAUUCCAUUUUUGUUUGUCGUUCCUUCUUACAAACCCAGCGAGAAACAAAGUGUGCGUGUGUGUGUGUACAGUAAAGGAUUUGUGUUGUAUGUCACCUAUUGUUGUUGCCAUUUGAGCAUUGUGCAGUCACUGUAUGUCGUUGUUCUUUUCUGUUGGGCUGGGCUGCUUUUAUUUUGAGUUUUCAUUUUGUGUUGAUUGUCAUGCUGAAAAUUGAAGCUAAGAAUGAAGACAAGUGAAAUAAAACUGCGAUGGGGUGAA